GUGCCAGUGAGAAAUCUCGUUAGACGCACGCAGAGACAGAUCGCUCGCUAAAGAUGAGGACAUCUUGAGGAUGGCCUGCACGCAUUCGGACUAAAAGUGCACCAUUGCGCAUCAGUGGGAGGUUUUUUUUUCUGGACAAGCCACUAAAGGACAUGUCGGAGAAACACGGCCUGGAAGACUCCAGCCGGCAGACAAUGCAGCCCCCUCCGUACCCCCAAGACCCUAACGUACCUCAACACGCCAACAUGGCGCCCAGCGCUCAGUCCGGCUAUCCCCCACUGCCGCCACCCACGGGCGCAGAGGGAUACCUCCAAGAGACUCAGUUCCACUGUAACACAAUGGGACCCCCCGGGGCUCCACAGGGCUACACGGUCCAGACUCAGGGCCCAGGAGGAACCAUACCACAUCCCCCGGUGGGGUACCUCCACCCUGGAUACCCUCUGCAGCUGCAGCCGUGCACAGCUUACGUUCCUGUGUACCCCAUGGCGUCGGGACAACCCUACAUGCCAGCCACAGGAGGCCACCCGGCGAUCCCACCGGGUCAGAUUCAUCCCAUGCAAAUGCCGCCCAACAUCACCUUAAUGGACCGCAGACCUCCACAUGACUACCUGCCCAUCGCUGUGCUCACUACCGUGUGCUGCUUCUGGCCCACUGGCAUCAUUGCCAUCAUCAAAGCAGUGCAGGUGCGCACGGCGAUCGCCAGAGGGGACAUGGUGACGGCGGAGAUCGCUUCCCGCGAGGCCCGCAACUUCUCCUUCAUCAGCCUGGCCGUGGGCAUCGCCUCCAUUGUGCUCUGCACCAUCCUCACCGUGGUCGUCAUCAUCGCCUCGCAGCAUCACGACGAUGACUGGGAGCCGUAACCGCGCGCCGCAUCAGAAUCCAUCACAGCGAGUUAAUUACAUGGAGAGAGUAGCGGUGAUAAUGUGUAUCGCUACUGCUCGCAGCUACACACCCAUGUGACCAAAUACACACACUGGAUGCCAAAUACUGAUGAGUGUUGCUGUGAUCCAACUAAUAUUGACAUAUUUUUCAUAGGUGAAGUGACAGUGUCGACCAAAAUCAUCAAGUCCCGGUGAACCCUCUUCUUCCUAUUCCUUAAGAGUGCCCGCUUAAGUUGAUGUCUGCUUUUGUCCACACUAAAUUUGAGGUGCAAAUUGUAAUGAAAAAAUGGUGAGUGUAUGUUCAGAUGUGAUGUAAUAGUGUCAACUUCAUCAUUAUUGCUAAGCGGUGUGGAACGACAACAGUGUGUCGUCUGAUUGGGACUUCCUGUUCAGUGCAAAGUAAGAUUCAAACUAAAACUGAAGAGUGUGACUGAUUUUUACAGUCUGGGUGCCGUGACAAAAUAGUUUUAAGUCUCUCGAAUACAGUGGAACCCGCUUAUGUUGACAACCCGUCUAAUGUCGACAACACAACCUAUGUGACUACCCGUAUGUCAACAACUCAUCUCAUGCCACAACCCGUCUAGUUUGACGGCCUGUCUGAGGUCAACAUAUUGUCUAACGUGACAACUCGUCUAAUGGCGACAACCGGUCUGCUCACCACCCGUCUAAUGUGACCACUUGACUAAUGUCACAGCCCAACUAAUGUGACAGCCUGUUCAAUUUCACCACUCAUCGAAAGUGACAACCUGUCUAAUGCCAACAAUUUGUCUAAAGUGACAACUCAUCUAAUGUGACAACAUGUCUAAUGUCACAACCCGUCUAAUGUCACAACCCGUCUAAUGUGACAUGUCUGUCACAACCCAUCUAAUGGGACAUGUCUAAUGUCACAACCAAUCUAAUGUGACAACCCAUCUAAUGUCACUACCCAUCUAAUGUCACAACAUGUCUAAUGUCACAACCCAUCUAAUGUCACAGCAUGUCUGUCACAACCCAUCUAAUGUGACAUGUCUAAUGUCACAACCAAUCUAAUGUGACAACCCAUCUAAUGUCACUACCCAUCUAAUGUCACAACAUGUCUAAUGUCACAACCCAUCUAAUGUCACAACAUGUCUAAUGUCACAACCCAUCUAAUGUCACAACAUGUCUGUCACAACCCAUCUAAUGUGACAUGUUUAAUGUCACAACCAAUUUAAUGUGACAACCCAUCUAAUGUCACUACCCAUCUAAUGUCACAAUAUGUCUAAUGUCACAACCCAUCUAAUUUGACAACAUGUCUAAUGUCACAACCCGUCUAAUGUGACAGGUCUGUCACAACCCAUCUAAUGUGACAACCUGUCUAAUGUCACAACCCAUCUAAUGUGACAUGUCUAAUGUCACAACCCAUCUAAUGUGGCAACCCAUCUAAUGUCACUACCCAUCUAAUGUCACAACAUGUCGAAUGUCACAACCCAUCUAAUGUGACAACCCGACUGAUGUCACAACCCAUCUAAUGUGACAACAUGUCUAAUGUCACAACCCAUCUAAUGUCACAUGUCUAAUGUCACAACCCAUCUAAUGUGACAACAUGUCUAAUGUCACAACCCGUCUAAUGUCACAACCCAUCUAAUGUGACAGGUCUGUCACAACCCAUCUAAUGUGAGAACCUGUCUAAUGUCACAACCCAUCUAAUGUGACAUGUCUAAUGUCACAACCCAUCUAAUGUGGCAACCCAUCUAAUGUCACAACCCAUCUAAUGUCACAACCCGUCUAAUGUCACAACCCAUCUAAUGUGACAACCCGACUGAUGUCACAACCCGUCUAAUGUCACAACCCGUCUAAUGUGACAUGUCUGUCAAAACCCAUCUAAUGGGACAUGUCUAAUGUCACAACCAAUCUAAUGUGACAACCCAUCUAAUGUCACUACCCAUCUAAUGUGACAACAUGUCUAAUCUCACAACCCAUCUAAUGCGACAACAUGUCUAAUGUCACAACCCGUCUAAUGUCACAACCCAUCUAAUGUGACAGGUCUGUCACAACCCAUCUAAUGUGACAUGUCUAAUGUCACAACCCAUCUAAUGUGACAUGUCUAAUGCCACAACCCAUCUAAUGUGGCAACCCAUCUAAUGUCACUACCCAUCUAAUGUCACAACAUGUCUAAUGUCACAACCCAUCUAAUGUGACAACCCGACUGAUGUCACAACCCGUCUAAUGUGACAUGUCUGUCACAACCCAUCUAAUGUGACAUGUCUAAUGUCACAACCAAUCUAAUGUGACAACCCAUCUAAUGUCACUACCCAUCUAAUGUGACAUGUCUAAUGUCACAACCCAUCUAAUGUGACAACAUGUCUAAUGUCACAACCCGUCUAAUGUCACAACCCAUCUAAUGUGACAGGUCUGUCACAACCCAUCUAAUGUGACAUGUCUAAUGUCACAACCCAUCUAAUGUGGCAACCCAUCUUAUGUCACUACCCAUCUAAUGUCACAACAUGUCUAAUGUAACAACCCAUCUAAUGUGACAACCCGACUGAUGUCACAACCCAUCUAAUGUGACAACCUGUCUAAUGUCACAACCCAUCUAAUGUGACAGGUCUGUCACAACCCAUCUAAUGUGACAUGUCUAAUAUCACAACCCAUCUAAUGUGGCAACCCAUCUAAUGUCACUACCCAUCUAAUGUCACAACAUGUCUAAUGUCACAACCCAUCUCAUGUGACAACCCGACUGAUGUCACAACCCAUCUAAUGUGACAACCUGUCUAAUGUCACAACUUAUCUAAUGAGACAACCUGUCAAAUGUCACAACCCAUCUAAUGUCAACAACCCGUCUAAUGUCACAACCCAUCUAAUGUCAACAACCCGUCUAAUGUCACAACCCAUCUAAUGUGACAGGUCUGUCACAACCCAUCUAAUGUCAACAACCUGUCUGUCACAACCCAUCUAAUGUGACAACCUGUCUAAUGUCACAACCCAUCUAAUGUGACAACCCGACUGUUGUCACAACCCAUCUAAUGUCACUACCCAUCUAAUGUGACAACAUGUCUAAUGUCACAACCCAUCUAAUGUGACAACAUGUCUAAUGUCACAACCCAUCUAAUGUGACAGGUCUGUCACAACCCAUCUAAUGUGACAUGUCUAAUGUCACAACCCAUCUAAUGUGGCAACCCAUCUAAUGUCACUACCCAUCUAAUGUCACAACAUGUCUAAUGUAACAACCCAUCUAAUGUGACAACCUGUCUAAUGUCACAACUUAUCUAAUGUGACAAACUGACUAAUGUCACAACUUAUCUAAUGAGACAACCUGUCAAAUGUCACAACCCAUCUAAUGUCAAAAACCCGUCUAAUGUCACAACCCAUCUAAUGUGACAGGUCUGUCACAACCCAUCUAAUGUCAACAACCUGUCUAAUGUCACAACCCAUCUAAUGUGACAACCUGUCUAAUGUCACAACCCAUCUAAUGUGACAACCCGACUGAUGUCACAACCCAUCUAAUGUGACAACCCGACUGAUGUCACAACCCAUCUAAUGUGACAACCUGUCUGUCACAACCCAUCUGUGACAACCCGACUAAUGUCAUAACCCGUCCAAUGUGACAAACCGUCCAAGGUGACAACCCCUCUAAUGUUGUCAACCUGUGUAUUGUGACAACUGUUCUAAGGUGACAACCCGUCUUAUUUCAACAACCUGCCUAAUGUCAACAACCCAUCUAGAGUGACAACCCGUCUAAUGUGACACGUUUAAUGUCAUAAUCCAUCUAAUGAAACAACCUGUCUAGUGUCAACAACCAAUCUAAUGUCAACAACCCGUCUAGAGUAACAACCCAUCUACAUAUCUUUACAACUCAUCUAUUGUCAACAACAACCCGUCUAUUUUCAACAAUAUUGGUCCAAUGUCAACAACCUGUCUAAUGUCAACAACCCAUCUAAUGUUGACAACCGGUUGAAUGUCGACAACCCGUCUCAUUUCGAUAACCGGCUAAAUGUCGACAACCCGUCUAUGUCGACCAAAUCAUUACGUACCAAUGUCAACAACUCAUCUAAUGUCUAAUCUCACAACCCAUCUAAUGCGACAACAUGUCUAAUGUCACAACCCGUCUAAUGUCACAACCCAUCUAAUGUGACAGGUCUGUCACAACCCAUCUAAUGUGACAUGUCUAAUGUCACAACCCAUCUAAUGUGACAUGUCUAAUGCCACAACCCAUCUAAUGUCGCUACCCAUCUAAUGUCACUACCCAUCUAAUGUCACAACAUGUCUAAUGUCACAACCCAUCUAAUGUGACAACCCGACUGAUGUCACAACCCGUCUAAUGUCACAACCCGUCUAAUGUGACAUGUCUGUCACAACCCAUCUAAUGUGACAUGUCUAAUGUCACAACCAAUCUAAUGUGACAACCCAUCUAAUGUCACUACCCAUCUAAUGUGACAACAUGUCUAAGGUCACAACCCAUCUAAUGUGACAACAUGUCUAAUGUCACAACCCGUCUAAUGUCACAACCCAUCUAAUGUGACAGGUCUGUCACAACCCAUCUAAUGUGACAUGUCUAAUGUCACAACCCAUCUAAUGUGGCAACCCAUCUAAUGUCACUACCCAUCUAAUGUCACAACAUGUCUAAUGUAACAACCCAUCUAAUGUGACAACCCGACUGAUGUCACAACCCAUCUAAUGUGACAACCUGUCUAAUGUCACAACCCAUCUAAUGUGACAGGUCUGUCCCAACCCAUCUAAUGUGACAUGUCUAAUAUCACAACCCAUCUAAUGUGGCAACCCAUCUAAUGUCACUACCCAUCUAAUGUCACAACAUGUCUAAUGUCACAACCCAUCUCAUGUGACAACCCGACUGAUGUCACAACCCAUCUAAUGUGACAACCUGUCUAAUGUCACAACCCAUCUAAUGUGACAGGUCUGUCACAACCCAUCUAAUGUGACAUGUCUAAUAUCACAACCCAUCUAAUGUGGCAACCCAUCUAAUGUCACUACCCAUCUAAUGUCACAACAUGUCUAAUGUCACAACCCAUCUCAUGUGACAACCUGUCUAAUGUCACAACUUAUCUAAUGAGACAACCUGUCAAAUGUCACAACCCAUCUAAUGUCAACAACCCGUCUAAUGUCACAACCCAUCUAAUGUCAACAACCCGUCUAAUGUCACAACCCAUCUAAUGUGACAGGUCUGUCACAACCCAUCUAAUGUCAACAACCUGUCUAAUGUCACAACCCAUCUAAUGUGCCAACCUGUCUAAUGUCACAACCCAUCUAAUGUGACAACCCGACUGUUGUCACAACCCAUCUAAUGUCACUACCCAUCUAAUGUGACAACAUGUCUAAUGUCACAACCCAUCUAAUGUGACAACAUGUCUAAUGUCACAACCCAUCUAAUGUGACAGGUCUGUCACAACCCAUCUAAUGUGACAUGUCUAAUGUCACAACCCAUCUAAUGUGGCAACCCAUCUAAUGUCACUACCCAUCUAAUGUCACAACAUGUCUAAUGUCACAACCCAUCUAAUGUGACAAACUGACUAAUGUCACAACCCAUCUAAUGUCAAAAACCCGUCUAAUGUCACAACCCAUCUAAUGUGACAGGUCUGUCACAACCCAUCUAAUGUCAACAACCUGUCUAAUGUCACAACCCAUCUAAUGUGACAACCUGUCUAAUGUCACAACCCAUCUAAUGUGACAACCCGACUGAUGUCACAACCCAUCUAAUGUGACAACCCGACUGAUGUCACAACCCAUCUAAUGUUACAACCCUGUCUAAUGUCACAACCCAUCUGAUGUGACAACCCGACUGAUGUCACAACCCAUCUAAUGUGACAACCUGUCUGUCACAACCCAUCUGUGACAACCCGACUAAUGUCAUAACCCGUCCAAUGAGACAAACCGUCCAAGGUGACAACCCCUCUAAUGUUGUCAACCUGUGUAUUGUGACAACUGUUCUAAGGUGACAACCCGUCUUAUUUCAACAACCUGCCUAAUGUCAACAACCCAUCUAGAGUGACAACCCGUCUAAUGUGACACGUUUAAUGUCAUAAUCCAUCUAAUGAAACAACCUGUCUAGUGUCAACAACCAAUCUAAUGUCAACAACCCGUCUAGAGUAACAACCCAUCUACAUAUCUUUACAACUCAUCUAUUGUCAACAACAACCCGUCUAUUUUCAACAAUAUUGGUCCAAUGUCAACAACCUGUCUAAUGUCAACAACCCAUCUAAUGCUGACAACCGGUUGAAUGUCGACAACCCGUCUAAUUUCGACAACCGGCUAAAUGUCGACAACCCGUCUAUGUCGACCAAAUCAUUACGUACCAAUGUCAACAACUCAUCUAAUGUCUAAUGUCACAACACGACUAAUCUAACAACCCAACUAAUGUGACAAACUGUCAAAGGUGUCACACCUUUUUUAAUGUUGACAACCUGUCUAUCGUGACAACCGGUUUAAGGCAACAACCCGUCUAAUAUUGACAACCGGUCUACGGUGACAACCCGUCUAAUGUCAACAACCUGUCUAAAGUCAACAACUCAUCUAAUGUGACAACCUGUCUAAUUUCACCACUCGUCUAAAGUGACAACCCGUCCAAUGUUUUAAUGUUGACAACCUGUCUAUCGUGACAACUGGUCUUAGGGGACAACCCGUCUAAUGUGACAACCUGUUGUUACUAGGCGGAACGCAACACUGUCUAAUGUCAACAACCCAUCUAAAGUGACAACCUGUCUAAUGUGACAUGUUUAAUGUCAUAACCCAUCUAAUGUGACAACCCUUCUAAUGUGGCAUGUCUAAUGUCAUAACCCAUCUAAUAGGGGCGGCAUGGCGUAGUGGGUAGAGCAACCGUGCCAGAAACCUGAGGGUUGCAGGUUCGCUCCCCGCCUCUUACAAUCCAAAAAUCGCUGCCGUUGUGUCCUUGGGCGGGACACUUCACCCUUUGCCCCCGGUGCCACUCACACCGGUGAAUUGAAUGAUGAAUGAUAGGUGGUGGUCGGAGGGGCCGUUGGCGCAAAUUGCAGCCACGCUUCCGUCAGUCUACCCCAGGGCAGCUGUGGCUAUGAAAGUAGCUUACCACCACCAGGUGUGAAUGUUUGAUGGUUUCUACAUGUAAAGCGACUUUGGGUACUUAGAAAAGCGCUAUAUAAAUCCCAGUUAUUAUUAUUAUUAUUAAUGUGACAACCCGUCUAAUGUCACAACCCGUCAAAUGUGACAACCCAUCUAAUGUGACAACCUGUCUAAUUUCACCACUCGUCUAAAGUGACAACCCGUCCAAUGUUUACAACCCAUCUAUGUCCAUUAAGUACCAAUGUCAACAACUCAUCUAAUGUGACAACCUGUCUAAUGUCACAACCCAUCUAAUGUCACAAACCGACUAAUGUCACAACCCAUCUAAUGUGACAGCCUGACUAAUGUCACAACCCGACUAAUGUCACAACCCAUCUAAUGUGACAACCUGACUAAUGUCACAACCCGACUAAUCUAACAACCCAACUAAUGUGACAAACUGUCCAAGGUGUCACCCCUUUUAAUGUUGACAACCUGUUUAUCGGGACAAUCGGUUUAAAGCGACAACCCGUCUAAUGUCACAACCUACUAAUGUCACAACCCAUCUAAUGUCAACAACCUGUCUAAAGUCAACAACUCAUUUAAUGUGACAACCUGUCUAAUUUCACCACUCGACUAAAGUGACAACCCGUCUAAUGUUAUAACCCGUCUAUGUCGACCAAAUCAUUAAGUACCAAUGUCAACAACUCGUCUAAUGUGACAACCCAUCUAAUGUCACAACCCAACUAAUCUAACAAUCCAAUUAAUGUGACAAACCGUCUAAGAUGUCCCCCUUUUAAUGUUGACAACCUGUGUAUCGUGACAACCGGUUUAAGGCGACGACCCGUCUAAUGUUGACAACCUGCCUAAUGCCACAACCCGACUAAUCUAACAACCCAACUAAUGUGACAAACCGUCGAAGGUGUCCCCCCUUUUAAUGUUGACAACCGGUCUAAGGUGACAACCCGUCUAAAGACAACAGCUCAUCUAAUGUGACAACCCGUCUAAUGUGACAUGUCUAAUGUCAUAACCCAUCUAAUGUGACAACCCGUCUAAUGUCACGACCCGUCUAAUGUCACAACCCAUCUAAUGUGACAACCUGUAUAAUUUCACCACUCGUCUAAAGUGACAACCCGUCUAAUGUUAUAACCCGUCUAUGUCGACCAAAUCAUUAAGUACCAAUGUCAACAACUCAUCUAAUGUGACAACCCGACUAAUGUCACAACCCGACUAAUCUAACAACCCAACUAAUGUGACAAACUGUCUAUCGGGACAAUCGGUUUAAAGCGACAACCCGUCUAAUGUCACAAACUACUAAUGACCAAAUCAUUAAGUACCAAUGUCAACAACUUAUCUAAUGUGACAACCUGUCUAAUGUCACAACCCAUCUAAUGUCACAACCCAUCUAAUGUCACAACCCAACUAAUCUAACAACCCAACUAAUGUUGACAACCUGUCUAUCGUGACAACCGGCCUAUGUCGACAACCCGUCUAAUGUUGACAACUGGUCUAAGGUGACAACCCGUCUAAUGUUGACAACCGGUCUAAGGUGACAACCCGUCUAAUGUUGACAACCGGUCUAAGGUGUCAAUUUGUCUAAUGUUGACAACCGGUCUAAGGUGACAACCCGUCUAUUGUUGACAACCGGUCUAUCGUGACAACCGGUCUACGCCGACAACCCGUCUAAUGUUGACAACCGGUCUAAGGUGACAACCCGUCUAAUGUUGACAACCGGUCUAAGGUGACAACCUGUCUAAAGAUAACAGCUCAUCUAAUGUGACAACCCGUCUAAUUUCACCACUCGUCUAAAGUGACAACCCGUCUAAUGUUUCCAACCUGUCUAUGUUGACUAAAUCAUUAAGUACCAUUGUCAACAAUUCAUCUAAUGUGACAACCCGUCUAAUGUUUCCAACCUGUCUAUGUUGACUAAAUCAUUAAGUACCAAUGUCAACAAUUCAUCUAAUGUAACAACCCGACUAAUGUGACAUGUCUAAUGUCAUAACCCAUCUAAUGUGACAACCUGUCUAAUGUCACAACCCAUCUAAUGUGACAACCGGUCUAAUUUCACCACUCGUCUAAAGUGACAACCCGUCUAAUGUUAUAACCAGUCUAUGUCGACCAAAUCGUUAAGUACCAAUGUCAACAACUCAUCUAAUGUGACAACCCGACUAAUGUCACAACCCGACUAAUCUAACAACCCAACUAAUGUGACAAACUGUCUAUCGGGACAAUCGGUUUAAAGCGACAACCCGUCUAAUGUCACAAACUACUAAUGACCAAAUCAUUAAGUACCAAUGUCAACAACUCAUCUAAUGUGACAACCUGUCUAAUGUCACAACCCGACUAAUGUCACAACCCAACUAAUCUAACAACCCAACUAAUGUGACAAACUGUCUAAGGUGUCCCCCUUUUUAAUGUUGACAACCUGUCUAUCGUGACAACCGGUCUACGUCGACAACCCGUCUAAUGUGGACAACCGGUCUAAGGUGACAACCCAUCUAAUGUUGACAACUGGUCUAAGGUGACAAUUUGUCUAAUGUUGACAACCGGUCUAAGGUGACAACCCGUCUAAUGUUGACAACCUGCCUAAUGUCACAACCCGACUAAUCUAACAACCCAACUAAUGUGACAAACUUUCUAAGAUGUCCCCCCUUUUAAUGUUGACAACCUGUCUAUCGUGACAACCGGUCUACGUUGACAACCCGUCUAAUGUUGACAACCCGUCUAAUGUUGACAACCGCUCUAAGGUGACAACCCGUCUAAUGUUGACAACCGCUCUAAGGUGACAACCCGUCUAAUAUUGACAACCGGUCUAAGGUGACAAUUUGUCUAAUGUUGACAACCGGUCUAAGGUGACAACCGGUCUAAGGUGACAACCCGUCUAAUGUUGACAACCGGUCUAAGGUGACAACCCGUCUAAUGUUGACAACCGGUCUAAGGUGACAACCCGUCUAAUGUUGACAACCGGUCUAAGGUGACAAUUUGUCUAAUGUUGACAACCGGUCUAAGCUGUAUGGAAUGGCCUCAAUCUCGUUACCUUGCGUAAUGACAAUAAAACUGAUUCUGAUUCUGAUUCUGAUUCCAAGGUGACAACCGGUCUAAGGUGACAACCCGUCUAAUGUUGACAACCGGUCUAAGGUGACAACCCGUCUAAUGUUGACAACCGGUCUAAGGUGACAACCCGUCUAAUGUUGACAACCGGUCUAAGGUGACAAUUUGUCUAAUGUUGACAACCGGUCUAAGGUGACAACCGGUCUAAUGUGACAAUUUGUCUAAUGUUGACAACCUGCCUAAUGUCACAACCCGACUAAUCUAACAACCCAACUAAUGUGACAAACUUUCUAAGAUGUCCCCCCUUUUAAUGUUGACAACCUGUCUAUCGUGACAACCGGUCUACGUUGACAACCCGUCUAAUGUUGACAACCCGUCUAAUGUUGACAACCGCUCUAAGGUGACAACCCGUCUAAUGUUGACAACCGCUCUAAGGUGACAACCCGUCUAAUAUUGACAACCGGUCUAAGGUGACAAUUUGUCUAAUGUUGACAACCGGUCUAAGGUGACAACCGGUCUAAGGUGACAACCCGUCUAAUGUUGACAACCGGUCUAAGGUGACAACCCGUCUAAUGUUGACAACCGGUCUAAGGUGACAACCCGUCUAAUGUUGACAACCGGUCUAAGGUGACAAUUUGUCUAAUGUUGACAACCGGUCUAAGCUGUAUGGAAUGGCCUCAAUCUCGUUACCUUGCGUAAUGACAAUAAAACUGAUUCUGAUUCUGAUUCUGAUUCCAAGGUGACAACCGGUCUAAGGUGACAACCCGUCUAAUGUUGACAACCGGUCUAAGGUGACAACCCGUCUAAUGUUGACAACCGGUCUAAGGUGACAACCCGUCUAAUGUUGACAACCGGUCUAAGGUGACAAUUUGUCUAAUGUUGACAACCGGUCUAAGGUGACAACCGGUCUAAUGUGACAAUUUGUCUAAUGUUGACAACCGGUCUAAGGUGACAACCCGUCUAAUGUUGACAACCGGUUUAAUGUGACAAUUUGUCUAAUGUUGACAACCGGUCUAAGGUGACAACCCGUCUAAAGUCACCAGCUCAUCUAAUGUGACAACCCGUCUAUGUGGAACAAUUAGUAAAUGUGCAAUCAAUGACUAGUUUGGUGUUGUGCUAGCCAGUUUAGGGAGCGUCGACAUAAACGGGUUCCACUGUAAUAACUGUAUUUGUCACAUGUUUACUAUCCCCCAUUCUUGCUCUUAAAUUCGGCUUUCCAUUUGCGGUUGAUGUCGACGACCGCUUAUGUCGACGCGAGCGUGGCCCACUGUGUGCUAACACUCCAGCAAGCAUGUACAAUAUCCAUUUACAGUAGGAGGGGUGCAAAAACUGUGCCAUGUUGAAACCGUGUGCUGCUAUCGUGUUACUGCAAGUGUUAAGAGAUCCAUACACGUUUAAAAGACCAAAUGUUAAAACAUUUUAAAUUGUGUAGAAUUGUUCUUUUUUUUUUUUUUAAAUGUGUUGCUUAUUGCUUUGUUUCAUAGCUGCCAUGCAGUGAUGUCACACUUUAUCGUGAGAGGUUGCAGCUUAAUACAUGCACAGUGACGUACAUGCACGACAAUUAAUGCAUUUGUGGUGAAGCGGCUGUAAAAGUAGGUGAUUUAUUCAACACGAUGUACAGUAGAUGCUGUCUAAAUGGAAGCAUUGGUAGAUUUGAUAUUUCUUUUUGUACGCGUUAUAGCUUACGUUGCGCUGCCCGGACACAAAGAGGCAGCACAAGCUUGCAUGUCGUCCUCACUUUGUUUCCCUUUCUUUGCAAUAUUGAUACAGUAUUUAUUUAUACUCCUGUGCAAUGAGUCAGGAUUUGAAUACAGUACACACAAUUACGGUAUUGGAAAGCUUCAAAAUGAUUGUUUUGUGAUAGAAGAAUACGAAUAAUGCCUGGACUGGUUUGUAGCACUUUUUUUUUUUUUUUUUUUUAAUGUAAAUUCCCUUUUCUCUGUGGUUCUCAUGUCCUAUCUAAUCCUUGGACCUGGUUUUAAACAUAUCUUGCUUCCCCUAUAUUGGGCACUGUUUUCCAAAAUCCUACAGUAAUUCAUGUUAUUAUGGAAAGAAAAGUGUUCAAUUAUUAUUAUUUUUUUCUUUUUAUGUGCCAAAUUUGCUUUAUCGCUCAGAAAUCACAUAUUUUGUGUGUGUGCUUUUUUUUAAAAUGUACAGUAUAUAUGUAAAAAAACAAAAACAAAAAAACCUCACUACCAAAAGUAUGGAUUAUAGUUUAUGCUUUCACCCUUAAAUCAAUGCUCAAAACAAUAAAAUUACAAUACAUUUUGUUAAAAUAUCUAAAAUAAACUGACAAUUAUGUAACAAUGUAUAUCAUACAAUAUUUAUUACAGGAAUUGCACUUAUUUCUUGUCAUACAGUGCAAUACAUACAGUCACAUGGGCAAACGCCUAUUAAAAAAAACUAGAGCUGUCCGGUAAUAUCGGCCUGCCGAUAUUAUCGGCCGAUAAAUGCGUUAAAAUGUAAUAUCGGAAAGUAUCGGAAUCGGGUUUUUUUUUUUAUCGUAUCGUUUUUUUGUGUUUUUUUUCAUUAAAUCAACAUAAAAAACACAAGAUACACUUACAAUUAGUGCACCAACCCCAAAAAAACUCCCUCCCCCAUUCACACAAAAGGGUUAUUUCUUUCUGUUAUUAAUAUUCUGGUUCCUACAUUAUAUAUCAAUAUAUAUCAAUACAGUCUGCAAGGGAUACAGUCCGUAAGCACACAUGAUUGUGUGUGCUGCUGGUCCACUAAUAAUACUAACCUUUAACAGUUAAUUUUACUAAUUUUCAUUAAUUACUAGUUUUUAUGUAACUGUUUUUAUAUUGUUUUACUUUCUUUUUUAUUCAAGAAAAUGUUUUUAAUUUAUUCAUCUUAUUUUAUUAUUAUUAUUAUUUUUUUAAAGUACCUUAUCUUCACCAUUCCUGGUUGUCCAAAUUAGGCAUAAUAAUGUGUUAAUUCCACGACUGUAUAUAUCGGUUGAUAUCGGUAAAGAGUUGGACAAUAUCGGAUAUCGGCAAAAAGCCAUUAUCGGACAUCCCUAAAAAAAACUAUUGAUUAUAGAAAUUAUAUAAAUAAUAUAACACAAAUGUUUUUUAAAUUAAUUUAUUUGUAUUUUUACGUAUUUAUUAUAAAAAAUUAAGUAUUUUUUGUAUAAUAUAUAAUGAUAACAAUGUCAUUGUGAGCAAGUUAUAUUGCAGCACGCCCUUGUUUUAAUACAUGGUCAAUUUAAAAUCAGCUUGUUAAGUACAGCAGGGAAGGGAUUUAUACGACCCCAUUCCUAAAUGAGAGGAAGGGGGAAGGGGGGUUAAUAAUUUUGCAAUGCAGUCUGCUGAAAAUGAUGGAAAGCGCCACUCUCCAUAGCAACCGACGCUGUGGUCAAAGUUGGAAUUUCCACACAACUCGUUUUGAGAUAUUCAACACGCUACUGCCAUAGCGCACACCGUAAAUCCGUCACGUUUCAUGUGUCAGGUAAUCUGCGAUGAAUGGGGCCAUACAAAUCCCCUCCCUUCUGUACAUAAAUACUGUAUGCAAAGUGGGUGCUUCUAAUUAGUUAGUCCUUGCAUAUGUAGUUCAUGAAGCUGCAGUUCCUUUUUAGUGCAUUUUAUUGCCAGCUGCUGUUCUGUGUUUGAUUUAAAGGAGCUGGUGUGAUAGCAGGCUGACACGUUUUUUAAUUCUGAUGGUUUAUGUGAAUAAUAAGACAAAGAAUAAAAAGGGUCUGUCAGUGACA